CGAAAAAUUCAUAAGGACUAUACUAACUACGGAUCCAGAGGAGGGCUGGGCCGGGGCCCGGGGUGGCCACCCCCUGGAUCUGCCACUGAUGGUAAAUGACAUUUCUUGUAUUCCUAUUAUCAUGUAUUCAAUAAUUACACUAUGUAUGUUCAUACCACUAUGAUACACUUUCAUACCACAUGGUAUGAUCUUAUGCGAUACCAAACAUUACCACCAUGGUAUAGAUAUUGAUAAUAAGUAUCUUUUUUUUGUUCCAAAAUGUAUAUCAUUUUGAAAAACACAAUUAAUCUUAUUUAUCUGUGAAAAAAAUUAAAUUACGACUUAUAACAAAAGAGAAAUAACCCGUUACUAUUUAUAAGAAAAAAAAAUUAGAGAUAGUUUAUAGAUGAUAUGACAGGUUACAAUUUUCAUGCGAACCAAAGGUAAGAUAGCCUAACGAUAAAUCUGUCGCGACAGUGAAUACUUGAGAGUUGCAGAUUCUAGGUUCAAAUUCAAGCGAGGCCCGUUAGUGUCGUCGAAGGUACAAAUAUACGCUACUAUUUUUCUUAACGAAAAAAUAUAAUUUUCUUUCAUUGAUAUUAUUUUAUAACUCAGAUAAAAUAAUCUAAUUAAAAUAAGGUAAAUCUGACAAAAUUCAGUUUGGAUAUAUAUUUUAAAAAAUUUACAUUGAAAACUUCUUAAAUUAUUUUACAUAAGAGUAAAUAGUGCUUUUAAUAGUUAAUCACUAAAAUACUUAAUUCUUUUUUUAAACACACUUGUAACAUCUCGAACCAGAGACCUCCAGUUAAUAUACAAUGUUUCUUAUAAAUUGUGAUGAACUCUUCCUUCGAUACUUUAUCAAUACAUAGUUUCUUGAAAGUGUUACACUUCACUAAGAACUCCAACAAGAAACUACUUGAAAAAAACAAAAAAAAUUAAACAGCAUCAAACCUGCCAUAUUUACUAAUGAUUAGGAAUCCAAAUGGUUCUUCAACUUUGGCCGCAUAUGCUCUUUUUUAUUUCACUUGGCCGCAGAUGUACAUGCCUUAAAAAGUCUACUACAGCUUUUCUUAGUAUUUACUGAGCUAUAUAUAUCGACCUGCAAAAUCCCAAUAAUCAUAGAAAGAAAUCAGGCACACAUAACGUACGAUUAAGAUUUAAGACUUUCCUUCUUUCACGUCGAUCACCAACCAAACCAAACCAAACCAAGCCAAUAAAAAUGGAGUUCAACGUCAAGACUUUCCUUCUCCUCGGCCUUCUCCUCGUCGCGUCUCUCCUCGCGCCUUCAGCUUCAGCAGCCGGGCGACCAGAAGUACUGAAGGGUCAGUAAAAAUAUUAUUAUUAUUAUUACUAGCACUUUGCUAAGAUGAUUUACAAGUUAUCGUGAUUUGGAAGAAAUGAUUUACCGCGCUUUCAUCAAGCGGUUUACCGUUUGAUGAAACGAUGGAUCGGGUGAACUAUUGUUAGUGAAAUAAACAUAUCAAAUUAGAGACAUACAAUAUUAAUAUAUGGUGAUAGAUGAUGAUCCAGAAAAGUUCACAAGUUUCUUUUUCUAAAAAUUACAGAAAAAAAUAUGUAUAUAAUUUUGUAGAGUAGAACUAAUUCGUUUUGUUUUUCCGUACAACUUCUUAAAACAAUAUAAAUAAUUAAAGAGAUGUAAGCCAACUAAAAAAAUGUCAUUUUUUUUUUGCUUGUUUUUGUGCCAGAAGCAAAUGGUGGUGGGAAGGCAACAAUCUACCCAAACAAAAGGAGGACCUGUGCGUGGGUGGAUACUUGUGCAUUUGGUUGCUGUGAUUGUUUCGACUACGGAGCGUGCAGCAAGUGUUGUUAAAUCUUUUAACCCAUGUAAGCCUACUUUUAUAAAUAAAUAAACCACAGCCAAUUUCAAAGAAAACUUGCAUAAAAUUUCAAUGGGGUAUGGUGCUCACGGUCUAUCUGCGAGAACAAACUUAUAGGCAUUCAUGGUUGAUGAAAGCUUAUGUGAGAUAGUUCUUGCAAAUGAACCGUGAGCACUAUAACGAAAUUGGCAAUUCAGGUGUCUUAAUGAAAGUUUCUAGUAGGCUACCAGCCAUAUAAAAGAAAAAAGUUAUUGACAUUGAAAUUCUCCAAGUAAUGUUUUUUUUUUUUAAUUUCGAUUUUGCCAUGCAGAGAAUCGAUCAAGACAUGGCAAUGAUUCGAAUGAAAGAUCUCGAGACCGAGAGAGAGAGGCAGGGUUGGGUUGCAGAAAUACAAGCGUCGUCGAUGUUGUACGAGUUUACGUCGUUUUUAUUGAGUUGACUGUAUUGUUCAACGAUGAAUAAUUUGGUUAUUAUACAACUGUUUUAACGGGUUUCUCCCGCCAUGCUUUGUUGUGUCGUUUACUUCACGUUGACUUUUGUUUGCUGUGUGGUUUGUUUUUCAUCGUGAGCGUUUUCUCUUCAUAUAUGUACCUGUGUUUCUGAUGGAUUAUAUAUACAGUAUGCUUAUUAUAUCACAUUUUCCAUACAUCGCAAGCUCCUUUUGCGAAGCGAAAUUUUGGGUUUGUCGAAGUCGUCACCGAACCUUACCCAUAGGAAGAUUUAUGGCAAAAAUAUUACACCUUUUUCUGCAAAAUUUUAGUUUCAGUGAAGGAUGGUGACUAUAUAUGGACAUCUCCUGAUUAAUGGAAAGUGAUGCUCUUAGGCUUCAAACCCGCUAAAUCGUGUCAAGUCCUUGCAACGAUAUGGUUGUGAAGCUACAUUGUAGACUCAUGCCGCGAUUACUGGAGGGAAGAAGUCGUCGCCGGAUCAGUAGCACAGCGCCGAUUCGCCGACGGGGUGAACCGAGCCUUGAGGUCCCACCGGGCGGAGACUCUGGACGCCCUGAGAUUAGGUUUCUACUUGUACACGAUGGACGAGGAAGCGUGGAAUUGGGUGGAAUUCGGGUUCCACAAGCGGGUGAAGGAGCUGAUUUUGUGGUCCUGCUUCUCCUACUCUGCCCCCGACCACCACCUCGUCUCCCUCCCCCGGCCUCACCGCCGAAUUCCUCGCCGGACAGGAUCGCUCAGGAAGCGGUGGACCACAUCCUGAACAACUCGUCCAAUUUCCCUUUCCUGCAGCGAUUGUGUAUCUGCGAGUCCAAUUUCGACGGGGAGGUCAUCCGAAUCCGUCACAGCAAACUACAAUGCUUGGAUUUUACUCCACCUGUACGGCGUGCUCAGGAUCGAGCUCCUCCCCGCUCCGCGUCUUGCCAAAUUCAAGGUCGCUGGAAAUUGUGCCAGGUUGGUUAGGGAAGACACGGUAAUCUACUUUGGGGAAGACCUGCCUCAACUUCGCGAGGCGUCGUUUCUCGGCAUUCUCCGCCACGUACCGCGCGGCUGCUGCUACCUCCCGUGGUCUCCUGCUGAAUUCGACAGGUUCGCAGCGCGACUGGAGCGCCUGACGCUCGAGGUGCCCCAACCUGUUGUUCGUCGUCCCCUGUUGGAUUGGUUGCGGUUUAAGAACCUCAGAGUCCUGGAUUUGCUCGUAUCUGAUGUCCGUGAUUGUCUAAUUAGAGUUUCACUGUGUAAUUUAAGUGCUUGCUAAUGGGUGUUAUCAAUCUGGACAAACUCUCAGAAAUAGAAAGGAGAAUUUUUU